AACUGGUCGGGUAUGAAAUGUCAGUUUAAGCUGUUCCGGAUGGCCAUGGCUCUGGUCUGCAUGAGUGUAGAGUUCGGCCGUGCCGUGUGGCUGCGGUUCUACCCGCCGGCCUUCCCGCCCUGCCCCAACCCCAGCUUUGUGGCCCACCUGGGGGGUGUGAUGGUGGGGCUCACCCUGGGGGUUGUAGUCCUCCAGAACUACGAGCAGCGUCUCCAAGAGCAGUCUCUAUUCUGGAUCUUCUUCUCCGUCUACUUCCUCUUUGUCCUCUGUGCUGUCUUCUGGAAUGUCUUCGCCUACAGCCUGCUGGACGUCCGGCUCCCACCCACGCCGUGAGCUCCCCCAGCCUGUGAGGGCAAACUGAGAGGGCCAACUACGUACAUCAGAUCCAAUGGAACAUAACCAUCUAGGUCCAAGACUUCAGAAUUUGUAUCUUCAUUUUAGAGUACUGUAUGGAACAGAGUAUGGCAGCAUCUCCUCUUAAACCCAAUGGUGCCUAUAACUGUAAGAAAGAGGUUAUUAUGACAGCUAGCUUCAAUGAAGGACAAUUUCAUAGGGUUGGAGAUUGUUAUGAUACACAUGUCUUCGAUCUGUCAUACUAUAGUACUAUUCUCUGUAAGUCUGGACUGAAGCUAUGAAAUGUUCAACUGUUGACAUGUUACACUGUACUGUGUACAUCUGACGUGAUAUGGUUUUGUUCCAACUUCCUGAUUUUUCUUUGGUUACCUGACUGUUUAUACAUUCAACGAUGCUACAUGUACAUUGUUGCCUUUCACAAUAUGUCUGGCAGGUCAAAUGGCUAAAGCAGAAUGAGAUGGGUACUCAAGCUAGAUAUUUGCAGGGUGAAUUGGCUUACGUUUUUGUUGUUGCCUUUGGUGUGUGUGUGUGUGCCAUUUGCAGGAGUGGACAGUAUUGGAGGAGUGGACAGUAUCAUCCAGGUUACACUGACUUACUUUAUUUUGUCAUGUGCAAAUGGAAAUGGAAGUCGAAACGAAGAUAUAUGUGAUGUUCGAACCCUCUGUGUUCCUGACUGUUGCCAAAACCAUCCCUUAACCAAUAGCAUACAAAAGACAGAGCACUACAGAGAACAUGUACUGUUUUAUUAAUAGGGGAAUAUGUUGCCUUUUGGGAUGAGUACUGGUUGAGMUGAACGUCAGCAUUCUCCCUCUAGCACAGACUUAUUGAUASGUAUUCAAUAUUUAACUCUGUUACAGACUGUGGAAAUGGUGCUACAUGUAAAUAGGUCCCUCUCUCCAGAGUUAGCCUUCAGUUAGUACUGUACUGUCAAUGCCCAUAUUAAGGAGAAAGCUAAGUCAUGUUGUAUUGGAUGCUGUGUUUGCUUCAACAGGAGAACACGUCGCAUCUCAACCAGCCAAGGCUCAGAUUAGCCUGGUCCCAGAUCUGUUAGUGCUCUUACCAACUCCAUUGCUGUCAUUGUCAAGCCACAGAUGUUUGGCAUGACAAUGAGUGACAUGGAGUUGACAUGGUACCAGGAACAGACUGGCACCCAGGCUAGCUCAAGCGUGUACUUUAACUUAACCUCGCGUUAUGCCGCUUCACACAAAAUAAAUCAUAAGAAAGACUGUAAUUAUUAACAAAUUAAUAUUUUAACAUACAAUAGCCGGUUGUUGAUUCUUGAAUUGGUCUACAAUGUGAUGUGUAAAAUAUCCCGUGUAUUUAGCAUUUGUUGAUUGUAUAUAAUAAGGUCUAUGAUACGGAACAUAGUGGUAACUGACAAUAUUUUAACAAGUGCAUAUUUUGUAGAUUUGAUAUGUAAAUACUGAAUACUGGAAUACAUUCAACUGUUUUUAUAAUGAAACGUA